AUGCUGUCUAGUCAAGCUUCUGCUUCGAUAGAAGUUGAUACAGUUCCAAAUGGACCAAAAUCGCAAUCUGGGUCUUGGCCAGAGAAGCCAAAGUUUGAGCCUUUAAAGGCUCAUGAAAUGUCUGAUGGUCGAGUUCAGUUUAGGAAGGUCUCAGUUCCCUCGCAUCGGUAUUCGCCUCUCAAGAAAGCUUGGAUGGAAAUCUACACUCCGAUAUAUGAGCAGAUGAAGGUUGAUAUCAGGAUGAAUCUCAAGGCUAGAAAGGUUGAAUUAAAAACUAGAGCAGACACGCCCGAUGUUAGUAACCUACAGAAGUGUGCAGAUUUUGUGCAUGCUUUCAUGCUCGGUUUUGAUGUGAUAGAUGCCAUUGCUCUUUUGCGUUUGGAUGAGCUAUAUGUGGAAUCCUUUGAGAUUAAGGAUGUUAAGACCCUUCGAGGGGAACAUCUAUCUCGUGCCAUUGGAAGAUUGUCUGGUAAAGGUGGCAAAACAAAGUUUGCGAUUGAGAAUGCUACAAAGACAAGGAUUGUGAUUGCCGAUACCAAGAUUCACAUUUUAGGAUCUUUUCAAAAUAUCAAAGUUGCAAGGGAUUCUCUUUGCAGCCUAAUUUUAGGGUCUCCUGCUGGGAAGGUAUACUCAAAACUUAGACAAGUUACAGCUAGACUAGCAGAGAGGUUUUAA